AUGAUACAAAUCAUUUGGUUCAGCUUUUUGCUUUGCAUCGUUUUGGCUAAGAAUGGAAGUAUCUCUCCGCUAAAUCUCGACAUCGAUGACAUCACAUGGGAUGACUGUAGCAAUGGGUACUUCUCAACUAGUUCCAAUAUCCUUGAUAAUAGCAAUUUGGAAUCGAUUCUGGGUUCAGGCAUGGAUAUUCAUAACAACGAACUAGAAAUUUCUGCUGAGAAUUUGCAAAAUAGCAUUUCAUUUCAUUCUUCGCACUUCGAUUUUACUGAUUUGUGGAAAAAUGAACACAGAAGCAAUGAGGAUUCGAAAAUCGAAACCGUUCCAAUCACAACAGGAAAUUACCAGUUGCAAGAAUUAUCGAGAACAGAUGGCGAGAAUAUGCAUGCUAGUAUUUCGUCCGAUCCUCUGCACUUCUUAGAUUUCACUCAUUUCCACAAAAUUGAAGAUGCAAGCACUGAACAACUCGAAAGAAAAACUGAUCUCGUUAAUGCAAAAAACUUGGAGUUAUUUGUUCUACAAAAUCCCACCAUUACAGAUAAGAAAAAUUACGAGUGUCCCCAUGUCGGAUGUACUAUGAAAACAAAGUGUCACCAGGAAUACAUAGCUCACAGAAGAACGCAUCCCAAACCUUUUACUUAUGAAUGCAGAGUGCCCGGUUGUGGACGAACAUUCAGUAAUCCAUCAACAUUAGUCAAUCACCAGAAAACACAUGGACCUAACGUUCAGUGCGAAAAUUGUGGCAAAAAUUUCAACUGUAAGAGUAAUCUGAGGUCUCACAUUGUACGAAAGCAUUGUAUGAAAUCUCCACGUUAG